CCUCCUCUCACACAACAACACCUCAACACCUCUGCACACGCACCUCAACAGCUCUGCACACAACAACACCUCCUCUCGGCUCCCUUCGCGUGUCUUCCCCCCACCUGUCACCUACCUGUGUUGCGCGCAUUGUGGAGCAUGGCUCGGUUUCGUGCGGCAAUCCCGCUGAUCGCGUGUGGCAUCGCCAUCACCACCAUCAUCCUCUGCUUCAUCAUCUCCCAGUCCUUGGGGCAUGACACGGGCGGCCUCACGUGGCCGUAUGUGAGCGACACGGGACGUGACGAUCCAGAGCACAUCGUGUUUGCCAUCGGUCUGACGGUGGCAGCCGUGUUCUACGUGGUGACCUGGAAGAUUGUUGUUCAGUAUGUGCGCAGCCUCUUCAGUGACGACGAGUUUACUGGGGGUGUCAAGUUUGCGCUCGGAGCUGUUCUCGUGUUGCAGAUCCUUGCAGCCAUCGGUCUUGCUCUCCUCGCCAUCUUUGACACGCUCGACUACCCAACAGUCCACCUCAUCAGUGCCAUCCUAUUCUUCGUGUUGAGCAUCAUCGCCACCACCAUCGUCACUGUCGUCUACUAUCGUCGGGCCAAGCACAAGGAUGACGACAGCACAAUCAACAACGCCAGGUUCAAGCUCGCCGUGCUGUGCAUCAUCUGGAUUCUCUUCAUCAUCUACAUCCCCAUCGGUCUCCCGCUCGCAGACUACGAAUACGAUGACGUACGCACCACAGAUGGCACCUUGGGUCGUGCUUGA